UCCCAUCACUCACCCAACGCUUUUAACAAUCUCGCAUUCCUUCUUUCUCAUCCUUUCAAGCUUCAAAAUCACUGCCAUGGGUGCCAUCACUUACGAUGUUGAGAUUCCUUCCUCAAUCCCGGCCGCCAAGAUGUUUAAGGCUGUCGUUCUUGAUGCAGACACUCUUAUUCCUAAAAUCAUGCCUCAGGCUAUCAAAAGUGUCGAAUUCUUGGAAGGAGACGGUGGUGUGGGAACUGUCAAGAUCAUCCAUUUUGGCGAGGGCAGCCAGUAUAAGAGUGCUAAGCACCGUGUUGAUGCUAUUGACACCGAAAAUUUGACCCACACCUAUACCAUUGUCGAGGGUGAUGCUCUAGCUGGCGUUCUUGAAUCCAUCACAUAUCAUGUGAAGAUUGUGCCGACAGAAGAUGGAGGAUGCAUCUGCAAGAACAGGAGCAUUUACCACACCAAGGGCGACGUUGAGAUCAAUGAAGAGAAAAUCAAGGAAGGAAAGGAGAAGGCAAUGCAGAUGUUCAAGGCCAUUGAAGCUUACCUCCAAACCAAUGCCUAAGAGCUGAAUAUACAGCCUGAUGAGGCACUACCUAUCUCCCUUAUUUUUAGGAUACUAUUGCACUAGUGUGAUUUUUGUUCUCUUGAGCUAUGUUUUUCGGGUUUUCAAGCGUCAUCAAGUUAAAGUUGUCAUUUCUUACUUAAGCAUUUCAAUAAAAGAUAUUUUUUUAUGGAUUGCUAAUUAAAUUUCAUGCU